GUGAUGACAGCUCAGCGGCAAGUGUGAGCCAUGAGACCGUCAUGGAGGAAGUGCGGAAGCAGGUGCAGUUGGCGAUGAAGGGUCGAGAUACGGAGCUACAGGAGGAGGUGAACCUGGUCCUCUACCUCGAGAGGCCCGCGGCGGAGUUCCAGGCCGCGAAUCUGGACGCAACCCCGCUGGUGAAGGUGAUGGCCUUAGACAAGUUCCGCGUGCUCCCCCUGGGCUUGCAGGUCCUGCUGAUCAACCUGGAGGAAUUCCUUCUGUUCGAGAGCCGGGUGAACCAGCUCUACGAGGGCAACGGGAGGAACCUGCUGGGCACGCGAGGUUCGUUGGGAGAAUCCCGGAGACUUCUGUUGAAAGAGAUCAUGGAAAUGUUCACCAGGGCCGAUGCCUCUCCCUUGGACAUUUUGGUUCAGGGAAUGCGACAGCUCCAGCAAGUCUAUCUGGAGAAAAGAAGUGGCCAGGAUACCGAGGCCAUGAAAGGGAGUUUGGAGCUCCCAGCUCUUCCGGAUCUGGUUGGUGAAACCGGAGUUGAAUUCAGUGAUUGGUUGUACGUGGCAGAGCAGACAGUGGGUUCCCUUUCGGAUUCCGCGGCGGCUUGGUUUGAGAAGACCUUGAGGUGCUCCAAGGAGGCGUACCAGAAGCACCAGGUCGCGACACCGAUGGAGAGAUUGUCGAUCAUGCCAACGUUGACCUCGGACUUGAAGGACAGUAAGUGGAAUCGACUUGAGAGACGCGUCAUGACGAUGCUGUUGACUGCGAUGCCCCGGGCAGUUCGAGAUGAUGCUGUGACGCACAGGGUGGCAACGGUGUCGGGGGCUCUGUUUAGACUUCACGUUCUCUACGCUCCCGGUGGUGUUGCGGAACGAACGACGGUGCUCAAGCAGUUGGAGGGCACGCAGGGUACGGAGAAUGUGGCGGAGACCAUUACUUCCCUGCGGAGAUGGAGGAGGAACUUGACUCGAGCCUUGGAGAUGAAUGUUUCCCCUCCUGAUGCGAGUGUGUUGCUGAAGGGUGUGGAGCUUAUUGCGGCCCCGGCUGUCAGGAAGAAUCACGACAUGAGUUUCCGCCUCGCCCUUGCAAGGAACGAGCUUCAGCUACAACAUCGGCCUACGCAGGAGACGGUCUUGAAGUACUACGACCAUGUGCUAUCGGAACUCCAACAAUCGAUGCCGGUGGAGGAGCGGAUGGAGCUCUACAUCUACGUGCCGUUGGCGGCCAUGCUGGGACUGGAGAGGCUGGAUGUCGAC